AUGCCGGCCACGGGGUCGUCCUCGUCGUCGACGACGCGGGGGCGGGGGCGGCACGCAUAUGCACCCUCGCCGUCGGGCAAGAGGAAGUACAGGGGCGUGCGGCGGCGCGGGCGCGGGAGGUGGGUGUCGGAGAUCCGCCGGCCCAACAGCCGCAGGCGGAUAUGUCUCGGCUCCUUCGACACCUCGGAGAAGGCGGCGCGCGCGUUCGACGCUGCGCACGUCUGCUUCCGCGGCCCCGGCGCCAUGGACGGGCUCAACUUCCCGGGCUCGCCGCCUGCCGUGGGGCGGACCAGCCACUUGCGGGAGGUGCGCGCGGCCGCGGUGUCGCACGCCAACCACGCCGCGGCCACCCCGGCGGUCAUGACGACGGCGGCGCGCCCAGGGAACGUGUGGCCGCGGUGUCGCACGCCAGCAGAGCCGUCGGUGCCGCCACAGCGGCGCGGGAGGCGGCAAGCUUUGCCACGCCGGGCGCGCUGGUGGAAAGUGUGUGUGGCAGCGCCGGCCCCGCCGCACGUGUACGCCGCCGCGGCGUCGCACGCCAACCAGGCAGCCGAAGCCGAUGCUGCGCCGGAGGCCGCAACGGCGGGUGACCGCGGCCUGCCGGUGGAACGUGUGGCCGAGCCGGCCCCGCUGCAGGUGUCCGCGGAGAGGCUCAACUGGUCGCAGCUGGUGGCCAACCCGCCGCCGCUCUACUUGCCAACUGUGACGGGAAGCCAUAAGCACCUGCCGAUCACGUCGACGGCGGCGCCACCAGACGACUCGGAGGAGAACGAAGACCGUCCGUGCCCUGGCCUUUGGAGCUUCGAUUCUGGCGGCUCGUGCUUUCGCCACUGA